AUGACACAACUCGCGUUAUCAGAAUCACCACAACCAGAUGAAAGACCGACUACUCCCAACCCCAAAAGAACACCAAAAAAGCCUAAGGAAAAGGUCUUUAGAAAAAGUUUUAUGACCUUCGAGAGACCAAAGAGAGAGAAAUUGUCGCUAAUGGAGGAUAUCCCUCUUAUCACUACUAUUAAAAACGUCUUUGGGAAUGGCAUAGACGAAGAUGAGGAGAUUCGAAAGAGGUGCGAGGUCAUCUUUAAAACGCCGAGUGUUCCCCUCUACCCUUCACUUAUCCCUGAAAUUGUAAGACCUAAUAAAAGGUUUUUGGUCAAGCAAGAAAUGUUCUGUGUGUUGAUUGAGUCAUUUGAAGAUAAUAACAGGAAGAAAUACGACUGUUGGUCAUCACUGGUAUUACCCAAAGAAGAGUGGACUGAACACGCAGAAUCGUUUAACGUCGAUUUGAAUUCCGUCAAAGCAAAUGGAAUGCACGUAGAGUCUUCAAUACACUCAUUCACACAUAACACUGACUUGGGGCUCUAUCAAUUUGUUGACAUCGAGACAAACUUCUCGUUCUUUAAGUCGUAUUUCAAUGGAAAAACGCGGUCGAUCUUCUAUGGAUUCGAAGAGAGUGGAACCAUUUUGUGCUACCAGAAGGGUCUUAUUCUGCAACUGGUACUUGUCUUUGAACCAAAAGGGAUUCAUCGGUUCACACUGCCUUGUGACCAAAAUUGUGUUUCGUGGUGGAAAGACAGUAUGGGAAUCACCGAGACGCCAAUCAAAAUUAAAGCAAAGUCGAAGUUCUUGGAGGAGUUGGUCAAAUUUGAGGACCUCAACAUAGUGUGUGAGCAUCGAGUUGGUGUGUUGUAUGCAAAAGGUGGCCAAACACAUGAGUUGGAGAUGUACAAGAACACGGAGUGCUCAGAGGCGUUUUGGAAGUUCAUGAAUUUAAUAUCGAAAGAGGAGGAAGUGAAAGGAUGGGAGAGAUACAGUGGAGGCCUUGACGUGGUUCAUGCCGACACCAACAGUCACUUUUACUACACAAAUUUCUGUGGAUUUGAAAUUGCGUUUCAUGUUGCUCCCCUUCUUCCUUCGACCACAAAUGACGAACAACUUGAGAGAAAGCGGUUUGUAGGAAAUGAUGUCGUUGUCAUCAUUUUCAAAGAAAAGGAAGACGACACUGAUGUGGUUGACCCUAUUUUUGUCUCGAAAAUGAACUGUUUGUUCAUUGUUGUGACGCCACAUGUCAAGACUCAAGACAACACAAAGUACAAAAUUAAUGUUGUUUGUCACAACGAAAUCAUUCCAUUUCCUCCUUAUGUUGAGGAUGUAUGGUACGAACACGGUGAAGGAUUCAAAAUAUUCUUUUUGCACAAAGUGGUGAAUGCAUGUCGGACGGUUAUCAAAUGUGGUGCACUCUUAGGGCGGACAACUCGGUCAAACGAACGGCUGUUACGGUCUAUAAUAGUGAAUGGAAUUAAAUAA